UCUUGUCCAAACCGCCCCCUCCAACAAUCAGUAUGUGGGUCUGGAUUCCCUCUGGUUUCUCGAGGCAAAUAGCUGUAUAGAUGGGUGACUAUACGUGUACGCAAGCAUCGACUUACUUACUUGCCUCACCCACUCAUUACUUCUAAAAUCAAAGCAACCAUCAACCUAAGUCGUCACCAGUGCCGGCAAACGAUGGCGAUCAACCUGAGCGUGCGGGAAUCGACGUUUGUGAAGCCAUCGGAGGAGACGCCUAGGCGUGCGCUUUGGAUUUCCAACCUGGACGCCGUUGUGCUCAACACUCACAUGGGCAGUGUUUACUUCUACAGGAGGAAAGCCGGCACGCCGAGUAACUUCUUCGACCCAGAAGUGCUCAAGGAAGCCCUCAGCAAGGCACUCGUGUCUUUCUACCCCAUGGCAGGCCGGCUUAAGAUGAACAUCCACGAAGGCCGCAGCCGUGUCGAAAUCGAUUGCAAUGGGGAGGGGGUGCUCUUUGUUGUAGCGGAGACCAGCUCUGUGGUGGAUGACUUUGGCGACUUUGCUCCCACUCUAGAGUUCCGGCGGCUCAUCCCUGCCGUUGAUUACUCCGCUGGGAUAUCAUCUUAUCCCCUUUUGGUCUUACAGGUUACGUACUUCAACUGUGGUGGAGUGGCACUUGGUGUUGGCAUGGAACAUCGCGUUGCAGACGGUAUUUCUGGUCUGCAAUUUGUAAAUACAUGGUCCGAUAUGGCUCGUGGCCUUGACAUUACGAUUCCACCAUUUAUUGACCGGAAAUUACUUCGUGCACGAGAUCCACCUCAGCCUGCAUUCCACCACAUUGAAUACCAGCGAAGUCCUCAAAGCGCAAACCCUGGUGCUGAUGCUGAGAGUACAAGAGUCUCCAUUUUAAAACUGACCUCAGACCACCUCAACAACUUGAAAGCCAAGUCUAAGGAGGAUGGCAACCCAAUCAAGUACAGCUCAUAUGAGAUGUUGGCUGGUCAUAUCUGGAAAUGUGCAACCAAGGCACGGAAACUUGCCAAUGAUCAAGAGACCAGGCUAUAUGUUGCCACAGACGGAAGGUCCAGACUGAAACCCUCUCUCCCUCCUGGAUAUUUUGGCAAUGUGAUUUUCGCAGCUACGCCAAUUGCUGCUGCAGGGGAUCUCCAAUCCAAACCGAUAUGGUACGCUGCAAGCUGUAUUCAUAAUACUUUAGCUCGCAUGGACGAUGAAUAUCUUAGAUCAGCCCUAGACUAUCUUGAACUUCAGCCUAAUCUUUCAGCCCUUGCUCGUGGAGCUCAUAGUUUUAGGAGCCCAAAACUUGGGAUAACUAGUUGGGUUAGGCUGCCGAUUCAUGAUGCUGAUUUCGGGUGGGGUCGACCCGAUUUCAUGGGGCCUGGUGGAAUUGCAUAUGAAGGGUUGUGUUACAUAUUACCAAGUACAAGUGAUGACGGGAGCUUGUCAGUAGCCAUUUGUCUGCAACUUGAACACAUGGAAUUGUUCUCGAAGUUGUUAUAUGACAUAUAAGCAGGAACGAAGAAGAAUGACUGAUCGAGAAAUUAUGUCCGGUUGAAUCACACUUCUUCCGAUGACACCUUUAUAUAUUCAACCUGAAGUGAUAAAAUAAUGCUGUACACAUUAAGGUGGCUCUCUAGAGUAACAUCAUAUUCCCAACAUGUUCGAAGCACUAAAACACAGUUACAAAUCAAAGGUUUCUAUUGCAAGAUGAUUUUUGAUGGCCAAAUAAAAAAAAUAUUUAGCUAUUUGAUUA